AUGGACGACACAGAGGUGGUUUACGGCCAGAUCUUUCGAGUUGGAUACUCGGCGGAUGCAAUUGAACAUGUGUAUAUGCUCAGAGCUGACAGUAAACGACUUUCCAAUGUUUUACAGGGCCACAGCAAACAGCUUCCCCAUCUGAACCAUGUCGUCAAAACGUUUCUUUCGCUACUAGAAGCUGGAAAUCGCCUUCUAGGGGAAACUGUAACCAGCAGGGAAGAGAAUCCAACUUUACCGCUUAAGAAACCGGUAUUUAAUGACGGAGAAGAUAUCACUCAGUUACGGGGAGCUCCAAAUGUUUCUAUAAAAACGUACCAAGAACCCGAGGAAGAUGUGUCUGAACAAAACGGACUCUACAAUGGAAGCCUGAGACUGGAUUCUGCUACAGAUAUCGAUACCAAGCCACUUCAACGAAAACCACUGGUUUCUGUAGCUUCGAUGGUGGCCGAUUUCGAAGUCGCUUCCAAUAUCACUUUGGUGCUACUUGUGUGGAUUCAGACUGUAGAAAGGGCCAAUGCCGAGCUACACACCAGCACAAACAGUUUGGGAAGCGCUCCAGAGCUGGACUCUGUGGAAUUGUUGUUCUCUGAGAAAGACGCUAGACAACACAUGAACAACUUGCUCCAAAAUUUCAAAAGCUUAUUGACUAUUGCAGCUUCCAAGCUCAAAGACGACACUUUUGACGACAAAUUUUGUCUUAUAGCGUCGAAAAAUAUGCUUCUGUUCGUGGUUUCUUUACAACGACUAACUAUUUCAAGCAUGGUGUUCUACGAAGGCUCAAAAAAUCCUGUGGUUCUUUCCGUGUUACACACCUUAUACGAAGUGAACUUAUCGUCUGUUGUUCACGACUUUCUCGCCAACACCGCCGUGAAGUCUGAAGACGAUACCUAUAAAAAUGCCGCUGUGCAACUUUCCUAUGAAGCGCACUCACUAUUGUUUUUAACAGAAGGUAUUCUUACCACGCUUCCUGGACCUUUUCUACCUAUUGAUGCCUACUCUACACAGCCCGAUAUUUCCAGCUCAGAACAGCCUUCGAGUGUGUACGCCAGCUACAUAAAAGUGCUUUCUUUCGACGAGCAAAUGUUCAUGGAGUUUUUCCUUCCGCGAAUAAGUCCUAUUUUGGCGAGGAUGUAUGCUGCUUUCUAUAACCAGGCACCUGACUUGUAUGUCGAGCAAGUGAAAAGCACUUCUUUCGUGGCGUGGGUUACCGCUAACACCAUAGGAGGCAGUCCAUAUGUUGCACUGGAUGUUAACGAGACCACGAAUUUGCACAAAAAUUUGAAGGCUUUUGCUCUUGUGGACCAUGAACCGAGUCCAUUUUUAAACGAGAUUGCUAAAAUCAUCCACCCGACCGGUCAAAGUAUCAACUACUUGCCUCUUUUAAGGGUAAGUUUGUGGAUGGCUGCGUACUCGUUCAACGAUAGCUUUUUAUGGCACUUGACUACGGCCCAAAACUCCAAGUUACUUGACCUAUGGCUCUGUACAGCCUCGUACGUGCUUCGGAAUACCCAUGAUCUGCGCCAUCUUCGAGCCGUGAGUACUCUCUUGGUGACAAUUUUGCUCAAGAUUACGUCGCCCAAUGUUGGAAGUUACAGAAACAGCACCUACCAAAAAAUCGUCACCAACUUGAAAUCCUACAUUAUUGACGAGUUCAAGUACAAAUUGUGCCACCAGUCAACACCAAUAAUUCCAGUUUCCUUGGAUGAACUGGGCAGCAAGUCGGCAUUGUACUAUAUCAUGGAUAUUUGUCAAGUCUUUUUUCGUGCCAAUUUAACCAGAAAACUAAAUGUUGAAAUUUUCAAAGGAUGUUCCACAAUAUUGCUUCAAGCGCUUGAAGAACUUGAUAGUGAGCCAGAACAAGGACCGUCCACCUACGCAUGGGUGGAAUUGUACAAAACUCUUACCGGAUUUUUGGCAUUUAUUCGAAAGCAAAAGAUACUCAAACACUCUGAUUUGCCUCAACUCAGCUCGUUGGUAGAGGAAGUAUUCUACAUUAUCAAUGUGUUGCUUGGACCAAAGUUUUCUGGCAUAGUUCACGACUCGAUUCCUGUCGUUUAUGAGCUUCUGUAUCAGAUUAUGGGCAAUGCUGAAGACUUGACUGCUCUACUCGCAGACUUGGCAUUGUCAGACAAGUCUCAUCUUUCCACUCUUUGUGCUCUUCUUGAGCAAUUGAAUCAAUUUGUAAAGUCGGAAGACUCCGAGUUUGACUACCGAAUUUUGGUCGAAAGCGGUAAACUUAAAACCAUGUUAGCCACCAGCGUGAAAAGCUCGGGCACUAAAAGCUACAGUUAUAAAGACACCUUUGUGUAUUAUGGAUCAACCAUUGAUUUCCAGUUUGAUAAGAACAUUUUGAAGAUAGAUCAGAUGGCACUCGACGAGAAAUGA